AUGGGUAAAUCCCGGAGACCCCACACGCCGGGACCCUCACAAGCCGGCUCGCCGGGUCGCACCUCGGGCCCCAUGGACGGCUAUGUAUGCACGCCGCGAGACAUGCGGUCCGCGCCGGCCGCAUCCAAAAUGGCGCCGGCCUCCCCAGGGGACAGCAGCAGUGACAGCCUGACGCAGGGCUCACCCAGGGGAGACACUCUGGCGCAUAUUUCAUCCGAGCUGGCCAAGAUCACUGCCAAUAUGCUGUCCAGAGCUGACAAAGCUGAGAUGCUGGCAGAAAUCAGGACUGCAAUCAGGGAGGAAGUCAUGGAGGUGAGGAAAGACCUGACAGCCCUUGAACAAAGGGUAGAGGCCCUUGAAGCAGACAGAGCCCAGACUGUGCAGCACCAACAGGCCACAGACACUGCCACCACCAGACAGGGCAAUGUCCUACUAGAUCUCAGGAGACAACUAGAAGACCUGGACAAUCGCGGAAGGAGGAACAAUAUCCGCAUAAGGGGCCUUCAGUCAACAGAACAUGCGCCUUUAGAGACGGGCAGGUCUCGCUUUACCAGGAUCUCUCCGCGCUCACGCUAG